ACCCACUAUAAAAUCACUCAAACGCGCUCAGCAAUAGGCCUCGGCGAAGGGAAAAAGGAGACACUUGUUUCCCUUGGCCUUCACCGCCGUAUGCAGACAGUCUAUCACCCUCACGGACCAGAGGUGGCUGGUAAAGUCCUCAAAGUCAAGGAGAUCGUCCAGGUGGAGAAUGUCACUGUGGAUCAGGUUCGCACGAAAGAGGAACAGCGGCAGGAGCGCAAGGCGGACCGGGGCUAUUCUGUG